AUGGAAUCGUUAACAGAAAUACAAAAAUUUUACGCAAAUAAAAAUAUAUUAAUUACGGGGAGUACAGGCUUCAUUGGUCAAUUAUUAAUUGAUAAAUUAUUAAGAGCAUGUCCAGAUAUCAAACGAAUUUAUGUAAUUAUUCGAAGUAAGAAAGGUCAAACUGCAUCUGAACGAAUUGAUUCGUAUUUCGAGAAACCGAUAUUUGAUUUAUUGAAAAAUGAAAAUCCACAUUACAAAUCAAAAUUAUUUGGUAUUAUUGGAGAUUUAACAAAACCAUUAUUAGGUUUAAGUGAUGCAGAUCAAGAGUUAUUACAACAAAAUAUAAAUAUAGUUAUUCAUGCGGGAGCAACUGUUGGAUUCUUAGAUAAACUACAAAGUUCGGUGAAAAUAAACCUAAUUGGGACUAGAGAUCUUUUUACGUUUUGUAAAUCAUUUAAAAAUUUGGAAGUUUUCCUUUACAUAUCAUCAGCCUAUUCAAAUUGCCCGUGGAAGUAUGUUGAAGAAAAAAUUUACGAUUAUCCAAAUACAAUAACAUGGGAUCGCUUGGCUAGUAUUGUCGAAAUUUUAAAUGAAAAUGAAUUGGAUACGCUUACCCCACAUUUAUUGGGUAACUGGCCCAAUACUUAUUGUUUCAGUAAAGCAAUGACUGAAACAAUGUUGAAAGAAAGCAUAGAUAAUAAAUUUCCCGUUGUAAUUUUACGCCCAGGAAUAGUAAUUUCCACCGCAUACGAACCAGUUAAAGGGUGGGCAGAUAAUUGGCAGAGUCCUACUGGUAUUAUCGCAGCAUUUUAUACAGGGUAUUUAAAAACAAUGUUAAUUAAUCGUAAAGCAGAAACCAAUUUAAUUCCUGCUGAUAUGUGUGCCCAUGCAGCAAUUGCUGCAAUAUGGGAUGGUACAAAAAAUCGGUCAUCCAAAGAAUUACUUCGCAUUUAUAAUUAUGCUUUACCCGAAAAAUUUUUUACUUGGGGUAAUUUAAUGGAUUAUGUAAUAACUUUGAAUAAGAAAUACCCUAUUUCCGGCGGUAUUGGACUAUGGUUUAUCGUAUGCAAUACAUCAAGGCUCAAAAAUAACAUAUUACAACUAUUUCUACAUACAAUUCCUGCAUAUAUGAUACAUGGCUUGCUUGUUUUAAUGGGCCAACAACCAAAAAUAAUACGACAAUAUAGACGAAACCAAAAACAAGUUGAUGUGGUUGCAUAUUUUUGCUCACAAGAAUGGAAAUUUGAGAAUAAAAAUAUUACUGCAUUAUGGGAUCGAUUAUCAGACGCAGAUAAAAGAAUUUUUAAGUUCAGUCUAAAAGAUAUUGACUGGGAUAGUUUUAUGGAAGUUUAUAUUCUAGGAGUUCGUAAAUAUUUAUUUAAAGAAGAUGAAAGUACAAUACCGUAUGCAAAGAAAAGGAGACAAAUGUAUGUAAAUUUCUUAAACCAUAGCGUUCUACGUUUUUUAUGCCACUUUGUUCCACCCUGAUCAUGUCAUAGCUCGAUCAGAAAAAUAUAAUU